AUGAAGUUAUUUCCACAACCAAUAACAAGUCCAAAUAGAAUAGAGAAAUAUUCGCCAACGCUGAUUAGGUCAAUAAGAAGCGGUAAUGGAAGGAGCAAAAGUAGAAGAAGAUCAUCAUCAUCAUCAAGAUUGAGUCCAAUGUUUUCAAUCAGAACAACAAAGAGAAAUAACAACGGAAGAAAUGAAACAACACUAGAACCAUCUUCACCUAAAGUUAAUUGUUGUGGAGAAAUUAGAGUCAAAAGAAGUUCUUCAAAUCAAACAACUACAAAGAAGAUUGUUAAAACAAAUCAUACUCAUAAUUGGAUUCAAAAGAUUUUGUUCUGUAAAUGUUCUUCAAUUGUAAAAACCAAGAAGAAAUCUAGACCAGUUUUGGGAAAAUGGCUUGUUUGUCUUCAGAUUGGAUGUUUGCAGAAAAGGGUUGAAGAAGUUGUGGAAGAUGAUAAUCAUAAUAUGAAAUCAGGAAAAGAAGAUAAAACAGAGGAAUCUCAAGAUGGUCAUGAUGAUGAUAAAGGAGAAGAAACUAGUGAACCAGCUGCUAAGGUUGUCUCUGUUCCACCAAAAAAUGCUUUAUUACUAAUGAGAAGUAGAUCAGAGAGUUACUACAGACCUACUUCUUUAGCUCAUCUCUUCUGGGGUUCUCCUAAUGAAGAAGAAGACGAGGUUACAGAACAAAAUGUAAACCCUAGAUGGAGUAAAGACACAAAAAUCGAAGAAAAAGAUUUGGGGGUUUCUGAAGAAAUUAGAAGUCCAAGAGAUAAAAUUGGGGAUGAAUUAAAGAAGACGAGGAAGGUUUUUGAUCAGUUUUCACCUAUAGAGCUAAGAAGAAGUAAAUCUGAUCCAGCAAGAAUAUCAGAAGAAGUUAAAAUUAAAGAUGCAGAGGAAAUAACUAUUCAUUUAGAUAACGAUUUGAUACCAGGCAUUUCACAUGACUGUCCUAAUCCAAUUUUGAUUUCAAAAUCUCAUUGUUUGGCAUGA